CUUCGUUGUCCUCCUAGUGAUCCUGUUCCUCUUCAUCAAUAAAAAGUUGUGUUUCGAAAGAGUCGGUGACCUUCCGUGUUUGGACCGACGAGGGAAAAUUAAGCAUCCUAAAGAAAAAUCCGGAGUUCUCCAAGGCCUCGCUCACGGACUAAAAGCUUUCUGUCACAACUGAAAACCUGCCGGGGGCUCCAUCACCAGAUUCUUCUGGUCAUGGUGUUGGACAUGGCCUCCCAGAACUUCUUCCAGCCCGUUUCAUCGUGGAUAUCUCGUAUGUGUGAAGCUGUCCACCUAGCAGGAGGCUCCAUAUCCGGUUCUAUAACAAACUUAAAUAAAACUUCCUCAAGCGGAGACAACGAGGAAGACUCAGAAUACAGCGAUGACUAUGACAGCAACGAUGAGGACAGCGUCGACGAUUCUUCUGAAGAAGCCUUGUACGUGUCUGAAAGUCUUGACGCUUCCCGUGAAGACGAGGAGUUGCCUGAACUCGAAGAAUCGAGUAAGGAGGUGUCUCAAGAUGACACUAAAUCAACCGAGUCCCGUGCAAGUAUGCCUGAAAGAGCUGUUUUGUCGAAGCUAAGUGUUGGUGUGCACGAGGACAGCAGCCUCUUGGACAGCCUUUCUUCCAUUCCAGAAGAUGAAGCAUACGUCAACAAUCAGAUAGACAGCCUUUUGAGAGAAAUGGAUAGCUCGACCCUUAGCAUUACAGGGACUGCUAAUGUGAACAGUUUUGGGGAGGAUGAAGAGCUUACCUCAUCUUCAGACAGUGAUGAAGAAGUGUUUAAACAGUUUCAGAUAUCUGUGUCUCGCUCCCAGAGCUUCCGUUCUAUGGUAUCGGAAAAGGCCACGCAAGCCGGCUCAGAAAAUAAGCAAAAAUUCACCCGUUUGCUAUCUAACCAAGAAGAGCUGAGCACAGAAGCCUCUGAAUGCGAAGAUUUGGAUGUGCUCAGUUAUCAGUCGUAUAAUGAAGAUGGACACAUUUCCCUCCACUCUGGACCAACAUCGGAGGUUGGUGAAGCCCACAGUGGGUCGAAACAAGAAGCAGAGUCCUUCUGUAGCAUUACCCACCGAGCCAACGAUGGAAGCCAAGAAGCAGAGACGGCUUUCAGCAACCACGGUUUUGAAGACCGCGAUGCUACGGACAGCUCCUCUGCAUGGAGCCCCGAGGACCAGGUGGACGCCAGCGUCCCGGCCCUCACCCCCCAAGUGCCGAUUUCAAAGUGUGGCGAUCUUGAUGUCUCCCUUCAAUAUUCCUCCUCGACUCAAAAGCUGUCUGUAAUCAUCGCUGACGCGAAAGGAAUUCCAGACAAAGACCGCAGCGGAGCGAACGCGUGGCAAGUCCAUGUUGUGCUGCUUCCUAAUAAGAAACAGAGGGGCAAGACGGCUAUUCAGCGGGGGCCGGAACCGGUCUUUAACGAGGCCAUUACAUUCCAUAGACUGGACGCCGAGGAGCUGACCGGUAACGCGCUUCGCUUCCGUUUGUACGCCGUGCGCAAGAUGAACCGCGAGAGGAUGAUGGGAGAGAAAUUGCUCUCCUUGAGUAACAUGAAGCCGGACGAGGACAUAAAGAAGACGCUGAUCUUGGAGCCGAGAAGCAACCUCUGUAGCGGGGAUUCCCAGGCGAGUUUUUCUGGAAUCUCUCACAGUGACAGCGCGUCGUCCUCCCAGUCGCUGUCUCACGGCGGGACGCCCGAGUUACUGGUGGGAUUGUCAUAUAACGCCACGACGGGCAGACUCUCUGUGGAGAUGAUCAAAGGCAGCCACUUCCGGAACCUGGCCAUCAACAGACCUCCCGAUACAUAUGGGAAGCUUUCUCUUUUGAGCCCCGUCGGCCAAGAAAUAUCGCGCUGUAAGACGUCGAUCCGCCGGGGCCAGCCGAACCCCGUCUACAAAGAAACGUUCAUAUUCCAAGUGGCCCUCUUUCAGCUCACGGAAGUCACCCUGAUGAUUUCGAUAUACAAUCGCCGGAGCAUGAAGAGGAAGGAGAUGAUUGGCUGGAUUUCAUUGGGUCAAAACAGCAGCGGGGAAGAGGAGCAACACCAUUGGCUGGAAAUGAAAGAAUCCAAGGGGCAGCAGGUGUGCAGGUGGCACACCUUGCUGGAAGCCUAAACAAACUUUUUGGCCCCUCUGAGGACCCGUCCUUUUUUUUUUUUUUUUGCACGUACCGGUGUAUAAUAACCAGAAAACCCAGCAGGGGAUGACUGUCUAUUGGGUGACGCAGAGCUGGAUCUACGGCCUGUAUGUUUCGAGGCCAUCGGUGCCCAGAAUUUAGACUUUAAAGCAAUUAUUCGGCGCUUGCCUCCCAUUUGAGCACCGAACCUCCAUGAGCAUUUAGAACAAUGUUUAACCCCUUAAGGACAAUGGGUUGUCCUUAAACCCAUUGGAAACCCGUUCGGGCGUUGUCAUUAAGGGGUUAAAAAAAAGUCCGGCUCCGUUUCUCCGGCUCCGACGCCUGCUUGGGGUACGUUUCCCGACAGCGUGAUGCGGGAAGGCAGAUAACGGUGUGUAUGUUUGAAGCGCAAGAGCCAAAGUUCAAGUGAACUAAUAAAUUCUGGACCUACGCAGAGGCCCAUGAAGGGUUAAAUAUAGCUUUCUUUGUAAUCCUGAAUAAAUACUGGUUAUUAAACAGAGGGGUAUAUUUUCUGGGGUGGAUUUGCCAUCAGCACAUACAUUGUAGAUAUAUCUCAGCGGGGCUGGUGAGUGGAGUGAGUGACGUUGAACCAGCAGAGGUGGUGCAGACUCUUCAAAAAGCCUAAAUUUGCCUAAAUUGGCACCCUUUAAAAUGGUAGUCAGUAUGCCUGCCCAAAGCGUCUUCUGGGAAGGACAAUGUAUUGUUAAAUAUUGUUUAACCCCUUAAUGACAAAGCCCGUGCAUGUACGGGCUCAAAAUGCAUUGUUUUCAAUGGGUUUUGGGACCGCCCAUUGUCCUUAAGGGGUUAAAUAUGUAUGAGAGCCUUUCAAAACACGUUACUUACAUGAGAACACGCAGAAGAGCAUACAGCCUACUGCAAAAGGCCAAGCGCAUCCCCUGCCAUAUGCUUUAGCAUUUAGUUUAGGCAUCACCCUCCUGUGUGCUCCGGUGCUCAGAGGGUUAACCCACCGAUUGACAGCAGAUAUAAAUAUUAUAUAUAUUGUUAUAUAUUGAGAUUGUGGCACAUAUAGCCCCGCAUGACACGGAAAUGAUCUCCCAUGCCGUAUUUUUCAUUACGUUGAAUGGAUUUGAUACUAAUUUAGAUCGAAUUAUAUAUUUUCCAAAAAGCAUGGAAAGCAAUAAAGAAUUUUGCUGUAA